CUUGGCUACAAAAAAGAUACAUAGAUUUCAUAGAUAAUUAAUAAAUUGUAUACAAUUUCUGUAAAACACACAUGACAACAUAGCCCAAUAAAUUGUGACCUUACAUUUAUGAAAAAUAGUUAAACACAGUUAAACCUGAGUUAAAAUCUACCUUCAUUAUAUACGUAUUUGUACCUUACCUGACUAUAUGCCAGUGUGGUUUUAUUACGUUCACUUGUUUACUCAAAAUCUAUCACAAAAAUAUAAUAUUUGAAUUUUAGUUUGGAGGUUAGAAUUUGCAAAAAUUAUGAACUAGGUAUUUGAAACCAACAUACAAAAACGCUGUUAGAGAAAACACACAUGCAUGUUAUUGGACCAUAAAGUUAAUGAGAUAUAGACCUUUUGACAACAUUCCUGUGUGACAACUAGCCCUCCUCUCCCUCUCCCUACUCUUUUUAAUUGUAAAUUAUAAAGACAAAAAGUGAAUUUAAGACACAGUGCCACCAUUGACUGUCUAGUUGUAUUAAUGGCAAAGGAUUAUGGGAGUGAGACAGUUUUGGAAAGAAACUCACUGUGACUAAAGCCGCUGAGAAUGAAGGAAGAUACAGGUUGGACAGGUUCAGCCUGUGGGAUGGUAUUCCGAACACCCAAGACCAAUGGGGUGUGGUGGGAGUUUUAGUUCUGAAUGGAAGUAAUAGAUACUGCAAUUGGGAGAGAAACAAGGUGCUAGUGUCUAGUCGAUACAGAUUAAUCCUUGACAACAGAAAUAGUUGAAGCAGACAGAUCCAGGUGUGAACUCGUGCUGAAGUGGAUACGCAGGUGCCUCUGAGGUGGACUGAUGUAAACUGACCUUAUCCUCCUGGGCCAGUGAGCGAUCUUUGGGGACUGAGACAGCAAUAGAGAGAAGGAGGAGAAAUGGCAGAAGCACCAAAGAUUGAACUUUUUGUCAAGGCAAGUGAUGAUGGUGAGAGUGUUGGUAACUGCCCAUUUUGUCAGCGGCUUUUCAUGAUUCUCUGGCUGAAAGGGGCAAACUUCACCCUUACCACAGUGGACAUGAAGAGAGCUCCAGAGGUACUAAAGGACCUGGCUCCAGGCUCUCAGCCCCCCUUCCUCAUCUAUAAUGGAGAGGUCCGCACUGACACCAACAAGAUCGAAGAGUUUCUGGAAGAGACCCUCGCUCCCCCGCAGUUUCCCAAGUUAUGUUGCCGCUAUAAGGAGUCUAACACAGCUGGAGAUGACAUCUUUCACAAAUUCUCAGCAUACAUCAAAAAUCCCAAUCCUGGCCUUAAUGACAUGUUGGAGAAGAAAUUUCUAAAGAGCUUGAUGAAGCUGGAUCAAUACCUGUUGACUCCUCUUACUCAUGAACUGGACCAGCAUCCAGAUGCAGCCCAAUCCACAAGACUCUACCUGGACGGAAACUCAUUCACUCUUGCCGACUGCAACUUGCUACCAAAACUGCACAUUGUCAAGGUGGUGUGUAAGAAGUAUCGUGGUUUUGAGAUCCCUGCAGAGCUAAAAGGCCUGACAAAAUACUUGGAAAAAGCAUACAAGGAGGACGUGUUCAAAUUCACCUGUCCAAAAGACAAGGAGAUCCUGCUUGCGUACCAUUCAGUGGCCAAAUAUCUCAAUAAGUAGAACUGGACUUUAAAGGAGAGGAGGGUAUGGGGCAAAGCUUGCUUGGAAUUUAUUGUAAAGCAAAUUUUUUUUUUUAAAGAUGCCUAAUGUAUACAUAUAUCAAUAAACUGCUUUUGUUACAUGUAUUCACAUUGGGACUUUUGAUCAUCUGGUAUAUCGGUGGAGGUUGGGUUGUUUUUGUUUUAAUUUAAAAAGCACAUUUGUGAAUAUAAGAUGCCUGUCUUGCUUGUUCAUGCAAGUUUUAGUAUUUAAAUGUGAGUCACUUAUGUCCCUGGUUUUGAUAGGUCACCUUCGUUUGAUAAGCUACAGACUCAGUGGGACCAACUUGUAAACCGUGUGAAAUGAGAUAUUUAAUUUGUCUGCAAUUCUACCCCAUGAGAAAAACAAAGCACAACUACAACUACAAUUAUGUAUGUUACUGAUGUCAAAAGACAUUUAUAUUUUGUUUUUUAAUAACUACUCUUGAGAAUGUCAGUAUGUAUAAAACAGUCUGCGAACAAAUAAAAUUCUUAUGAAAAAGUA